UUCAGUUCUUGCAAGCUUGUAUUUUCAGGAGAGUGUACAUCAGUUUAAAUGUAAAAAGUGUUUUGACUUUUAAUAGAAGCAGAAAAUGCCAUUGUCUGAAUUUGUCAUUGCAUAAUACUCUGAAGCAAGUCUUGGGAGUCCUUACUGUGACUAGGAAAAAGUGGCUUUACUGGACAAUUUAGAGGUGGAAAAAAAAAUGAAGCUGUAUCUGGAAACACACCUUUGUCUUGCCAUCCACUGAGAGGACUCAGCACAGCAGUGAGCCUGCACAGCUGGGGUGGCAUGUUACAAUUUUUUGGACCUGGCUGCAGCUGAAAGCACCUGUUCCAAACACAUAGAAAGAUGUACAGAACUGUAGAUGCCUCGUGGCCCUGCUGAGUGGCAUCAGCCUCACUGGAGCAUUCUGUAAGUGAUUCAAGUGAUCCUGGUAGGCACCUCCAUGGAAAGGUGCAGACUGAUCCCUGAGGCUUUGGACAUCAGUGAGUUCAGCCCAGAGGCAGGCACCUGCCCGAGGGAGCACCGACAGUGCAGAAGGAACCAAGUACAAAAACUGUCUGGAGCCUGUCAUCUCUGGUCUUCACUACAAAUGUUCUUGCCUGCUGGCCAUGUGCACUCUAAACCUGCUGCAUUAUUAGGACAUCCUGAGAAAAUCUGAUCUGGUCUUUUAUGUUUUUGUGAGGGAAAAGUCGUACCUCAACGGAUAUCUCGCAGAAUGACACUUGCCACUUGCGGGACUAUGUGCUUGCAGUGUCCUGGGUCAAGGGCAGCUGAAAGGAGGGAGAACCACCGCAGAGGUGGUGUAGCUGUAGUCAGUGGCUUGUGUUCCAGGGAAAUUAGAGAUUCAAGUGAUCUGUUAGGGCCUGUGAAUAUUCUCCAUGCCUGUGAUUGAUGUGCUAGCACCCUGGGUUGUGGUAAUGCUGUGAAACAUUGCAGCUGUUGUCCCAUCUGUGCUGAAUUCCUGAAGUGUUUAAAAAUGAGUAAACCAGCCUGAAGAAAUAGGCAGGUGUAUUUUGUUAGCCCAGUAAGACUGAUGCUGAGCAGAGGUGGGAGGAUAGUAUUGGAUAGUGUUUGAAUGUGUUCUGUUUCGGAUUGCUUUGGUCUUCUUCAAUGUACUUUGGAAGUCUGAUGCAAAAAUGCCAGCAUUUGGUCUUUGUUUGCUUUUCGCUCAAAUUCUCACCUGUCAACGCUAUCCUAAAUUUGGAUUUUGAGUGGGACAGAAAUGCCAGUGAAGAAAGAAAUUCUGUCUGACCUUAAGCAUCUGUGUGUGUGCGUGCUUGUCUUAACGUACAUGUUUAAUUCUCAUAUUUUUGAAAUCCUUUUAACUAUGAAUUGCCAGGAAUUGUUUAUCUGAUGCUUAGAAUAAUAGCAAAGUUACUCUAAUUGUAAUUUCUUAGAAUUUUCUCUCUAAAAUGUUUGUAUAUUUUUGACCUCUGUCUUAAAGAAUUUACCCAGGUUUUGAACCUAGAUAUCUGUUGCUUGGAAAGAAGCCUGUCCUAUUUUCAGACAUCAGAAAGCAAGAUUGCAGAUGGCCAAAGAGAACUCAUCGAAUCCUACAGUGUAAAGAAGAGACACUUCAUUGGAAAUACGAGCAUGGAUGCCUGCCUCUCCUUCAUCAUGGCAAACCAUGGGAGAGUAAAACCCAAUGACAUUGUAUACGAUCCAUUUGUUGGAACAGGUGGCCUUCUGAUCUCCUCAGCACAUUUUGGGGCAUAUGUGUGUGGUACUGAUAUAGAUUACAACACAAUCCAUGGAUUAGGUAAGGCAAGCAGAAAAAACCAGAAAUGGAGAGGGCCAGAUGAAAAUAUCAGAGCUAAUCUCCGACAGUAUGGUUUAGAGAAAUACUACCUCGAUGCACUCGUUGCUGAUUUUUCAAGGCCAAUAUGGAGAAAAGGGAUGUUGUUUGAUGCAAUCAUUACAGACCCACCAUAUGGUAUCAGAGAAGCUCCUCGCAGAAUGGGAUCACAAAAGGAAGCAGUUAAAUCGGUUGAAGGAAGCGCAGAAAAUCACUUCUUCGUUUCAUCCAGUUACCAUCUAAGUGACAUCUUUUUUGACCUCUUGAAGUUUGGGGCAGAAUAUCUGGUGAUGGGAGGAAGAUUGGUUUACUGGCUGCCCAUAUACAGGCCUGAAUACACAGAAGAGAUCAUUCCCCGCCAUCCAUGCCUGAAACUUAUUAGCAACUGCGAGCAGCUGCUUUCCAGCCACACAUCAAGGCGUCUCAUAACCAUGGAAAAGGUGAAAGAAUUCAAGGAUCAAGAUGGGAACUCUUACUUGUUGGAUGGCCAGUAUAUGCCGUACAGGGGACACAAUUCUUUCCGUGAGAAGUAUUUCAGUGGUGUGACAAAGAGGAUUGCCAAGGAAGAAAAGGACAAUCAGAAGUAAAAUAUUAUAUAAACAGCUUAAAAAAUGAGAAAAGAAUGAAGACUGUGUUUCUUUGUAAGGACAUCUGGAUAUGAACAUUCAUUUGGAUGCUUCAGGAAAAUAAAUACUGCUUUUAAUUUUAAAACAAGAUAAAAUCCACAACCCAGGUUGGGAGCAGUUCUUUUUAAUUAGCUUUGUUUAUAGCAGAUUUUAUUGUACAAGUUUUUUGAGUCUUAUUUAAUUUAUAUUUGUACUUUCAAGUACUAAUGAUGAUUGACUAAAACCAUUAUUAUUGUUCUUUCACCAUUAACGUUUACAAGAAAGUAGUAGUAUUAUUUGGCUUCUUAAACUGUGAACAUCUGGCUGUUUUAAAAACACGUGGUGGUGAUCAGGGAUUGCUGAUUAAGAAGAUCAUUUUCAUUUGUUUUGGUUUUUUUUUGUAAAUGGUGUACAAUAAACCGAGGUUGGCAUGAG